AUGGCAAGCCUUACUCGACAUAAACGACGACCAAAAUUAGUUACACCAGCUAAUUCAUCAUUUUCAAAUUGUGUACAAGAUAAUUUAUUUAUUCAAUCAUUACGAGGACCACUUGAUAAUUUCAAACCUAUUGUUUAUUUGGAUGAACAUGGUCGAAAACAUGGUCGUGUCAGUGAUCAUUUAUUACAACGAGAAAUAGAAACUGAUCGUGAAAAAUUAAAAAAACAACUGAAACCAAAAGUGCCUAUAUCAUCGACUUUAUAUGGUAUACGUAAUCCAAAUAUUGUUGCUUUAGUUAAAGAUGUAUCUCUUGAUAAUAAAAAUGAAGAUGAAGAUGACUUUGAAAAUGAAUUAGUAGCUAAUGAUGAAAUUAAAAUGAUUGAAUAUAAAAAACCUUCGAAUAUUAAGACGCCAGAAAUGAAGAAAAGACAAGCGUCAUCAACUAGUGGAAAACAAUCAGUUAGAUUUAAUAGUACACCAUCGGUUAAUAUGUCACGAUUAAUUGAUGGUCAUAUAACUGGAUUAAACGAUGAUGAUGAUAGCAUUGAUGGAGAUGUUGAUGAUGAGGAAGAUCUCGAAUCAAGCAAACCUGUGAGUAAACCAGAUACAGAUUCCCGUGAGCAUACUGGUAAAUCAGAACUGAGCUCAUCCGAUAUGACUUCAACACUUCAAGAUAAUCAUGAGAAUAGAUCAAAUAAUUUAUCUCGUGAAUCACAAAGAAUACAUAAACCACCAGCUGUCGAAGAUUUAAAUGAUACACAAGAACAAAGAAAACCAGUGCAUGAAUUAUCUGCAUCUGAUACUACUCAUCGACAAAGUAAAUCACCAAAUUCAAGUGAAAACAAAGAUGAACGUAUUAAAUCUUCAUCAUCUCGUCCGAAAACUGGUCGUUCAUCACGAUCUCGUACUAAUACUGAAGAAGCAAAAUCAUCUCGUGCAUCAUCAUCUGCAUCAUCAUCUUCUGUCAAUACAUCAGCUUUAUUACGUAGCGAUGAUAAUGAUUCACAACAUUUAUCCGAUGAAGAAUCAAAUAAUCAAGAAGAAAAACAAAUACAUAUUGAAACACCAGUUAAAUCUGAACAUUCUGCUUCACCUGCUAAUGAUGUCAUCAAUAUUAUCGAAGAAGAACAUUUAUCACCUCUACCAAUUCAUACUAUAGAAAUAAAACCUACGAAAGGUGAAUAUGAUUCCAGUCGUGUUAUGCAACUUAAAGAAUCAUUUCAACCAAUUAUUACUGAAGCUGCUUCCUAUGGACAUCUCGAUGUUGUUCGACAAUUAAUUAAGAAUGGUCAAAGUGUACAUACACAAAAUAUAUUGGAACGUACACCAUUACAUGAAGCAUGUGCUAGUGGUAAUGAUCAACUUGUAUCUGAACUUCUUAAUAAAGGAGCAUUGAUCGAUCAACAAGAUUCUCAAGGUCUAACACCAUUUCAUGUCGCUGCUAGUCAUGGUUCUACUAAAUGUGUUGAAAUACUUUCGAAAAGAGGAUGUGAUAUUAAUGUACAAGAUAGUUUUGGUCGAACAGCUGCUCAUUAUAGUGCAAUGCACGAUCAUGUCGAUACUCUAGAGUAUCUUAUUAAUGUAAAUCAUAUUAAUUUAUCUAUAACUACUAAACAAUCAAAAUUUCCAAUUCAUUAUGCUGCAAAAAACGGUGCAAAAAAUGUAUUAAAUUACUUCAUUCAAUCAAAUGUAAUGAUUUACAUAACGGAUAUAAAUGGAAAUACUAUUGCACAUGAAGCAUGUGAAUAUAAUCAACUUGAUUGUAUUAAAUUAAUAUGGAAAAAGAAACGGAGUUUAUUAAAAUAUAAAAAUAAUUUAGGACGAACACCUAUGCAUAUGGCAGCUUUAUUUGGAUCAGCCGAUGUAUUACAUUGGUUACUUGAAUUAAAGAUAAUCGAUAUAGAUCAACCCGAUAAUGAUGGUUACACUAUGGCUCAUCUAGCAGCCAGUCGAGGACAAGGUGAAUGUUUUUUUUGCUUGGUGAUGCAUGAUGCUCAACUUGAUUUAUAUACAUUUGAUAGACAAGAAUCAGUUAUAGAUGUAGCUAGACGUAGUGGUAAAGGUGGUCGUAUUGAACAAGCUCGUUCCGGUACUCUUCAUUGUCCUUCCUGUGAUAGAAAAGCAGUAAAAGAUAAAUAUGAUCAAGCUCAUGCACGUAAUGCUGUUGAACAACUUAUUCAUACACAAAUACAACAUGGAUAUAAUUUAAGCAUACCUACGAACCGUUCUUCUAUUACGACAAAGUUUGUUAAUGUUGAACCAUCGCCAUCUUAUUCAUCAAAUAAGCGUCCACCAUCAACCGUGUUUCAAGAACAAGUUCGUGUUGUAUUAGGUUGUGGUGCAAAUAUUAUAUCAUCCAUUGGUAUUAUAUUUCUUAAUAAAUAUAUUUUUACACAUUGUCAAAUAAAGACAAUGACAUUAACAGCUAUACAAAUGGCAUUUACAUCAUUAGGUUUACUGAUAUGUUUAAGAAUGAAUACAUUUACUCGUAAAACUGUACCAAUCAUUAAAGUUUUACCAUUAGCUAUAGCAUUUUGUGCAUUUGUUGUUUUUACAAAUUUAUCAUUAGAAUAUAAUACAGUAGGUACAUAUCAAUUAUUUAAAGUAUUAACAACACCUGUUGUUGCACUUAUAUCAUGGCAAUAUUAUAAAACAAAAUAUUCGAGAAUGGUGAUAGCAACAUUAAUACCAGUUGUUAUUGGUGUAUGUACACAUUCGGUUAAUGAUAUUAAAUUAACACUCUUUGGUACAAUAAUAGCCUCAAUUGGUGUAUUAGCAGCAUCACUUUAUCAAGUUUGGGUUGGUGAACGUUCAAAAGAAUUAGAUAUGAGCCCACAACAAUUACUUUUUUAUCAAGCACCAUUAUCAGCUGUUUUACUUGUACCACUUAUUCUUUAUAUGGAAAGUUUACCAUCGUAUAAAACAAGUAAAGAACAACAAACAGCAUUUAUGGCGGUUGUUGCGUCAGGCAUUGUAGCAUUUGCUGUUAAUCUAUCAGUUUAUUGGGUUAUCAAAAAUACAUCGGUAUUAACAUAUAAUAUGAUUGGACAUAUGAAAACAGUUUCGAUUCUUGUUGGUGGUUUUAUGCUGUUUCAAGAUAAUCUUAAUUUUAAACAAUUUCUUGGUAUUUUAUUAACAUUAUUCGGUUUAUUUGCAUAUACAUUUGUUAAAAUGGGUGAACAAAAUCAAUUACCAUGUAAACGUUGGAAUGUAAAUCCAACAGGAAGUAUUGUUUGA